AUGUCGAUCGACGUCGGAGGAAUCUCCGUUCCAGACCUGCCACUCUUCUUCUCCAUGUUCCUAACCAUCUACCUGAUCGCUUACUCCGUCGUCUUCCGCAAUUGGAAGCCACAAAUCCGCCCCGAGGCCUCCAGCUGUCUGAUUUCAAUCUUCCACGGAACUCCGGCAGUCUUCCUCGCAACGCGCGCCGUCUUCUCCUCCCCCACGCGCUCCUUCUCCUCCGCCAACACCUUAGCUCAGAACACCGUCCUCGAUUUCAGCGUCGCCUACUUCCUCACCGAUCUCCUCCACUACAUCGUCUUCUACCCAAGCGACGUCCUCUUCAUCGGCCACCACCUAGCCACCCUGUUCGUCUUCCUCACCUGCAGGUUCCUCGUCUUCCACGGCGCCUGCGCCAUCCUAGGCCUCCUGAUCCUCGCCGAAGUCACCAGCGCUUGCCAGAACGCCUGGACGCUCGCCGGAGCUAGGAAGAGCGAUCCGGAGUCUCGGUUAGCCGGGAGAGUGUACGAUCUCUUGUCUCCUCCGUUUUACGCCUUCUACAGCGUCGUUAGAGGCGUGUUGGGGCCUUUGUUCUUCGGGAGUAUGGUUGCUUCUUACGCCAGAGGCGAAGCCAACGGCGUGAUUCCGAAUUGGUUGUGGAUUUCUUGGGCGGUGGUUGUUGGAACUGCGAUUACAGUUAGUAUACUUUGGAUUUGGAAUCUGUGGAUAGAAUGGUUUAGAGAAAGGAAGGUGAAACUAGGACAAGAAGACAAGAAAAUUAGAUAG